AUGCUUUUCCCAAUGUACACAGUUGCCGCGGAGGUUCUGCUGAAGAUGACGGAGAUCCGCCCGCAUGAGGAGCUCAAGGUUCGGGGCGACCUCGUCAUCUUCGACAUCGACAAGGGGAACGCUCUUUUCGUUUCACACCAGUGGGUUGCCGAGCAACACCCUGAUCCCGAAUUCAGGCAGAUGAGCAUUUUGCAGAAUGUUUUGCGACAUCUCAUGACAAGCUCAGGCUCUGUGCCUUUGGACUACGUAACAGAGACACUCGUGUUCCGGGCCAAGCCUCUGCCGAUGCAUGUCUUUCAGUCUAGCCCCUUAUUCAUCUGGUACGAUUAUUUUUCAUGCCCACAGCUGGAAAUUUGUGACGUCCGCUCCAUGGACGGCUCGGUCGGCAGCCAGCAGGACACCUGCAUCCACAGCAUUUCAGCCUAUGUGGAGGCAUGUCGGUUUUUUCUUGCCCUUUGCCCCGUAAUUGACAGUCCCAGAGAAGACAAAGUCUUUACUGCCAGAACCUGGAGCUGUCGCGGUUGGUGCAGAAUGGAAAGAGCCGCACGCGAACUGUCCGUGCACGAUACCUGGAUCCUGGUUCAAAGUUCCGCGUCCUUCGAGCUGGUCGGCACCGCUUUGUCAUUUCCCAGCGCCUCUGUGGGGGAGGGCGAGUUCACUGUAGCAGCUGAUCGAGAUAAACUUGCGCCGAUAGUGCGAAGUCUGCUAUGGAGAAAGCUGCGGUUGUGCUUGCAGAAGUGGGAGCUACCUGCGUACCGCCGCCUGCUAAACCUACAAACAGUGCACUUGCGGGGGCUGGCGGCUGAGCCCAUAAAGGACCUCGUGCCUGGCUUCUCUGCAAAUGCCGUGAGUGGCCACAGCACGGCAGCGGAAUCCUUCCUCCGCCAGAACAUGCUGACCACAGUCAGCGGCGCUGACAAUGCAGGGUGGCGGCCGCUGCACUACGCGGCGCUCUCUGGAAACGUGGACGUUGUGGAAGGGUUGCUUCGGCUUCGGGCCAAUCCAAACCAGCGAACUUUGAAAGAUGUGCCACAACUGGGACUGCCACUUUGGAUGUCACCACUGGACCUGGCGAUUUUUUACAAGCACAAUGAUGCCGCGCAGCUGAUCCUGGCAGCAAGGGCCCAGCCGGAGGGCGGCUUUGGACCAGCGUUGCAGUGGGCAAGCAACGCGAACAACGAAGAGGGAGCACGGCUGCUCUGCUCUGCUGGCAGCUCGCCCUUUGCGAGAAAUCUUCUUGGGCCAAGUGCCUUGGAUUGCGCGGCUGCUUAUGGAAGCAUGGCAGCGCUGGAGGAACUGCUGCAGCACUGUCAGCCCACUUCGCUUGAUGCGUCGAGGGCUCUACUGUCAUGUUCCGACGGCGGUCGGGGUGCUUCCGCCGAGAUGGUGCAGCGACUGAUCGACCUGAGAGCGGACGUCAACUUCCAGCAAAACCUCCGCCGCGACUGGACCCUGGUGGGCCGAGUUUUUAUGAGCGCCCAAGCCAUGAAGCACCGGUUCGGCACAAAAACAGUCGGAUCGACAAGAGCCUAUCAUGCUUCCGGAAGCACACCACUUAUGUGGGCCUUGGUAUCGGCUCAGUACGAGGGUGCCGCAGCCUUGCUUGCUGCCGGGGCACGGCUAGACAUCUGCAACUGCAGAGGUUGGAGGGCAGAAGAUUUUGUGAAAGGACUGUCAAUCCCCGCCUUCUUGCAACAAGGUUUAGAGGGAGAUCCGUCGGCAUGCAGACGGGUGGCAUGCCUCGCCCUCUCUGACGCUGAUGUUUUUCAAAUUUAG